GGGCUGUUGAGAGAAUUCCACUGGCGCGUGAAAGGAGGGCACUCUGCCUGCGGGACAGGGACCGACAAGAGGGCUGGAGGGAGCCGCGUCCCGCUCACGCUGGCGGGCGCGGGCGUGCUUCUCUCGCGGGCUGCGAAGGGCGAGCGGCGGCCAGCGCGCAGCGCCCCUGCGCCCUCCGCGGAGCUCGGCGGCUCGGUGCCUUCGGGGGCUCGGCUGACCGGCGAGAUGGCGCCGAGGAGGAGCGGGCAGACCUGGCGCCUGCUGUUGCUGAUUUCAGUCUCAGCGCUUCUCCCCGCUGUCACCCGGCCCCGAGCAGCGACAGAAUUGGCUUCCCAGAGCCCCCUGGACCUCACCGAGCUCAUCGGCGUCCCGCUGCCCUCGUCUGUGUCCUUUGUCUCUGGCUAUGGCGGCUUCCCAGCCUACAGCUUCGAGCCUGGUGCCAAUGUUGGCCGCCCCGCCAGGACCCUCCUCCCUCCCACCUUCUUCAGGGACUUUGCCAUCAGCGCCACGGUGAAGCCCAGCAGCGCCCGAGGCGGUGUGCUCUUUGCUGUCACUGAUGCCCUACAGAAGGUCAUCUACCUGGGCCUGCGCCUCUCAGGUGUGGAGGAUGGUCGCCAGAGGGUCAUCCUCUACUACACAGAGCCUGGCUCCCAUGUGUCGCACGAGGCUGCCGCCUUUCUGGUACCCGUGAUGACCCACAGGUGGAACCGCUUCGCUGUGAUCGUUGAGGGCGAGGAAGUGACCCUCCUCGUGGAUUGUGAGGAGCACAGCCAUGUUCCCUUCCUGAGGUCCUCACGGGCCUUGGCUUUUGAGGCCAGUGCAGGAAUCUUCGUGGGCAAUGCAGGAGCCACAGGGCUGGAGAGAUUCACCGGCUCCAUACAGCAGCUCACUGUCCACCCUGAUCCCCGGACUCCUGAGGAGCUCUGUGAAGCUGAAGAAUCCUCGGCAUCAGGAGAGACCAGUGGGCUUCAGGAGACAGAUGGAGUAGCUGAGAUCAUAGAAGCCGUCACCUACACUCAAGCCCCGUCUAAAGAAGCAAGAGUUGAACCCAUAAGCACACCUCCAACUCCGUUCCCUUCCUCUGAGGAUGCAGAACUUUCUGGUGAGCCUGUACCUGAGGGGACCCUGGAAACCACUAACCUGAGCGUUAUCCUCCACAGCAGCCCUGAACAAGGGUCUGGUGAGAUCCUGAAUGACACACUGGAGGGAGUUCCUACUAUGGAUGGUGCUCCUAUUACAGACACGGGCUCAGGAGAUGGGACUUUCCUCCAUGUCACCGAAGAGAGUCCACAUACUGAAGAAGGACUGUCAGCAACAGUAGCAGCCUGGGAGGCUGAGGUGCCCGUCAGCACUGCUGGGGAAGCAGAGGCAGGCAGUGUGUCCACCGGAGGGCUCACCCUCUCCUCGUCUGCCCAGCACCCUGGAGAAGGGGUCACUCUGGGUUCAGACGCUGAAGAAGGUUCAGGAGUGACAGCAGCCUGGGAGGCCAAGGUGCCCAUCAGGACUGAUGGGGAAGCAGAGGCUGGCAGUGUGCCCGCCGGGGGACUGACUCUCUCCAUGUCCACCCAGGACCCUAGAGAAGGGGUCACUCUGAGUUCAGGCAGUGAAGAAAGUUUGCCAACAGCAGCAGCUACAACAGAAAUGCUCCUCAGCACUUUCGAGGAAAAGGAGGCUGGCUGGGUCCCCACAGUUGGACUGGUGCCGCUCACGCCUACGGCACCCCCUGAGGCAGCAGUCACUCCUGGUCUUGGUGAUGAAGAAGUCUUAGCAGCAGCCACCACAGAGGAGCCCCCCACCGCAGCUGGGGCUGAGGAGUCAGGUGGCUCUCCCCCUGAGGGGCCGCCCCUCCCUGCACCCACAGAGGCUUCUGGAAGGGCGGUCACUCUGGGUGAAGCUGGGGAGGGGCUUCCCAGCCACCCUGGACCUGCCGGGCCUGCUGCACCCACGGUGGGAACAGAGGCUGAGGGCUCUGGCCUCGGCUGGGGCUUGGACCUUGGCUCUGGCUCUGGUGACACGAUGCACAGUGAGGAGCUGUUAAGGGGUCCUCCAGGCCCCCCAGGCCCACCUGGCUUGCCUGGGAUUCCAGGAAAACCAGGAACUGAUGUUUUCAUCGGACCCCCCGGAUCUCCUGGAGAGGAUGGAGUGACUGGUGAACCUGGGCCCCCGGGCCCUGAGGGACAGCCUGGACUUGAUGGAGCCUCGGGCCUUCCAGGGAUGAAAGGGGAGAAGGGAGCAAGAGGGUCUAAUGGUGCAAUUGGUGAAAAGGGUGACCCUGGCAAUAGAGGCUUACCAGGACCCCCAGGGAAGAAUGGACAAGUUGGUACUCCUGGGGUCAUGGGACCACCAGGGCCUCCUGGACCCCCUGGGCCCCCAGGUCCUGGAUGUGCAACGGGACUUGGAUUUGAGGAUACCGAAGGCUCUGGAAAUAUCAGGCUGUUGCAUGAACCCAGGAUUUCUGGACCAAUGGCUUCAAGUGGUCCCAAAGGAGAAAAAGGAGACCAGGGCCCCAAGGGUGACAGAGGGAUGGAUGGAGACAGCAUUGUGGGACCUCCCGGGCCCAGGGGACCACCAGGACGCAUAGAGGUCUUGCCUAGUUCUUUGGCCAACAUCACCCAUGGAUUCAUGAAUCUUUCUGACAUUCCUGAGCUCAUGGGACCUCCGGGCCCAGAGGGCAUACCUGGGCUGCCGGGAUUUCCAGGCCCAAAAGGACCGAAAGGUGACACUGGUGUGCCUGGAUUUCCAGGACUCAAAGGAGAACAGGGCGAGAAGGGAGAGCCGGGUGCCAUCCUGACGGGGGACAUUCCUCUAGAAAGACUGAGAGGGAGAAAGGGUGAACCAGGCACUCAUGGAGCCCCAGGACUAAUGGGGCCCAAAGGACCACCAGGACACAAAGGAGAAUUUGGUCUCCCAGGACGACCUGGCCGCCCUGGACUGAAUGGCCUCAAGGGCGCCAAAGGAGAUCGAGGGAUCAUGAUGCCAGGCCCACCUGGUUUACCUGGUCCUCCAGGCCCUCCUGGGCCACCUGGAGCUGUGGUUAACAUCAAGGGAGCUGUCUUUCCAAUACCAGCCCGGCCACACUGCAAAACACCACUUGGUACCACUCAUCCUGGGAAUUCAGAGCUCAUCACCUUUCAUGGUGUUAAAGGAGAGAAAGGAUCUUGGGGUCUUCCUGGCUCAAAAGGAGAAAAAGGCGACCAGGGGGCCCAGGGACCACCAGGCCCUCCAGUGGAUCCAGCUUACCUGAGACAUAUUCUGAGCAGCCUGAAGGGGGAGAAUGGAGACCGGGGGAUCAAGGGAGAAAAAGGAGACUCCUACAGCGACUUCUCUGAGUCAGGGCCUCCAGGCCCGCCAGGAAGUCCAGGCCUGGUUGGCCAGAAAGGGGCAACUGUGGUCGGGCCCCAGGGACCUCCGGGUGCUCCUGGCCUGCCUGGGCUGCCUGGCUUUGGAAGACCUGGUUCCCCUGGGCCACCAGGACCCCCAGGGCCACCGGGACCUCCAGCUAUCCUAGGAGCAGCCGUGGCCCUUCCAGGCCCACCUGGCCCUCCAGGACAACCAGGGCUUCCGGGAUCCAGAAACCUGGUUACAGCAUUUAGCCACAUGGAUGACAUGCUGCAGAAGGCGCAUUUGGUUAUAGAAGGGACAUUCAUCUACCUGAGGGACAGCACUGAGUUUUUCAUUCGUGUCAGAGAUGGUUGGAAAAAAUUACAGCUGGGAGAACUGAUCCCCAUUCCAGCUGACAGCCCACCACCCCCUGCGCUUUCCAGCAACCCGCACCAGCCCCAGCCUCCACUGAUGUCUAUUUCAAGUGACAGUUAUGAGAGGCCUGCACUGCACUUGGUUGCUCUGAAUGCGCCGUUUUCUGGGGACAUCCGAGCUGAUUUUCAGUGCUUCCAGCAGGCAAGGGCUGCAGGACUGUUGUCCACUUACCGAGCAUUCUUAUCCUCGCAUUUGCAAGAUCUUUCCACAAUUGUGAGGAAAGCAGAGAGAUACAGCCUUCCAAUAGUGAACCUCAAGGGCCAAGUACUUUUUAAUAAUUGGGACUCAAUUUUUUCUGGCCAUGGAGGUCAGUUCAAUUCACAUGUUCCAAUAUACUCCUUUGAUGGCCGAGACGUAAUGACAGAUCCUUCUUGGCCCCAGAAGGUCGUUUGGCACGGCUCCAGCAUCCACGGAGUGCGGCUGGUGGAUAAGUACUGUGAGGCGUGGCGAACCUCCGACAUGACAGUCACAGGAUUGGCCUCCCCACUGAGCACAGGGAAGAUUCUGGACCAGAAAGCAUAUAGCUGUGCUAAUAGGCUAGUUGUUCUCUGUAUCGAAAACAGUUUCAUGACAGAUGCUAGGAAGUAAUGACCUGAUGAGUGUUAAAGAGUUUUCCAGUUUUUCUUAUGUGAAGAGUUGACACUGAAAUCUAAAAUGUUUAAAUGUUGUAAAUAUUACUUUUUUUAUUACACAUUCGUCACAACAGCAACCAAAGAAAACAUACCUCAAUACACUCAAAACUGAAGACAUAAAGGACUCAGAUCAAAGAUAAAAUCUGAUCCGUGUAUUGGUGCUAGAUUCUGCAGGAACCCCCACGCAGUGUGAACACGUCCCAGCAUGGUUAAGAGCAAGUUGAAAACAGAGGCCUUGGUGUUCUGCCCACUGCAUCCUUCAGAAAGUAAUUUCCUCCUUUUAGCCAUUGUUGAGUGUAAGAUGUCCUUCAUGUUUUCUUACGAAGUGUUUAGAAAUGUUACCCCUUUCUAAGUUAUGUGCAGACCAAAUGCUUUGUUCUUUAAUAUACAUCCAUCAUUUGCAACUGCUGUUCAUACAGAGAAACAACUGCUCAAAUGAUCCUAUUUGUAUUUCCUGAUAUUACCAGACUUUAAUGUUUUUUUCCUAAACUAUUAUUGCCAUCAUGCUUUAGGAUUUUUAUAUUUUUACACAAUCAUAUUUUAGUAUGGCAUCUGUUUAUGUAACUCUGACUUGCUGGAAAAGUUUAAACUCCAAAUUAUCUGAAACUAGAAAAAAAAUAGCACAUAAUUACUACCUUUCUCUUGGUAGCCCUUCCCUGCACCCCCUCCGGAUUUUAUGACUUCCAUUUGGCAACUCCUGAAUUAUAACUGCAAUUGAACAAACAGGUUCACGAGGACGAAUUUUCUGAGACACAUUUAUCUUCAUGCUGUGUACUUUGAUUUUUUUCCAUGUAAGUGAACAUAAAAACCAUCUUUUCCAGG